AUGUGUCCAAGAUCUACUUCAAACAUUAAAGAAUACGAAAAUAAUAAACCCAACCCCAAGAAAUGUGGGAUAUCAUCGGUUCAAAACGGAUCUGUCGAUCCGCUACAGCUUGAUGAUUCCAUUAAUGUGGAUCGCUUAUUGGAGGAUACAGUUGGGACGUGCGGUCUUUGGCAAUGGGGUCUAGUUUUCAUGAUCAGUUUCAGUUGUGGAUCAAUUGCCACAUUUCCCGUGUUUGCAAACAGUGUGUCUCGACACCGAUGUCAACUGGAACCACAUGUGGAACAGUUUAUUCAGAACCGGGAUUUGACAUUCACCCACGUUGCAUCUCGUAUCGGUCCAUGGAUAGAUGCCGGUUGGGACGAGAAUUCACAUGCGAAUUCGGCCGUGUCCGCGGUUGAUGCGGGUUGUUAUGUGUAUAAGUUAAACUGGACAGCUGUCAAUUUAACCUGGUACUUCCAUGAGACCAAUCGGACACAGUUGGAGAUGUUUGAAAUCGAGGCUUGCCCGCGGGGUUAUGUGCAUGAGGAUAGUGCAUUACACUACCCGAACAGUGUGGUUUCAGAGUUCGAAACCGUUUGUGGUCGCUCAUGGCUUGUUCCUCUGAGCACAGCAGUCUAUAUGCUUGGUAUGCUUCUGGGAUUCAUGUGCGGUGGAUGGUGUGGUGAUCGAUUCGGACGUCGUCGAACCAUUCUGAUCAUGGCAUUCGUUGAUUUUGCUUGUGGAGUUUGGACAUGUGCAGCCCCGAAUUAUUACAACUACGUGAUUGCACGCGGUCUAAUGGGGAUCGGGAAUACGGGGAAAGGAAGUGUGGCCAAUGUGUUUAUCUUGGAGACCACCAUUGCUCGACAUCGUGCCACCCUGUCUGCUGUUCCCGGAUUUACCACGCAUUUCUUAUUUCGAGCCCUUAUGGCCCUGUGUGCUUAUUUGAUCCCCAAUUGGCGGUGGCUCUAUUUCACCGUCUGGGCUCCAAAUCUGUUCAGCAUCGCUUAUAUUUGGUUACUACCGGAGUCUCCACGCUGGCUAGUCUCUCAAGGUCGUUUGGAUGAGGCAGUUCAGGUGCUCAAAACUGCGUAUCGUGUCAAUCACACAUUUCAUCGAUCAAAAGUGACUGAGAAAGAAGCGUUCGCUCAUUUGGAAUUAUUGAAACUGAACCCGGCUUGUAUGGUCACGCCAAAACGACAAAAAUCCUCCAUGUUUCGUCCUCUAAUUGAAAAAGAAUUUCGUAAAAGAACCUGUUUGUGCAUUGUGAUUAUAUUCGGUGUUUGUAUGAGCUUUUUCGGUCUACUUUUUUACGCACGCGUUGUGUGGAACUAUGUGUAUUUGGUCUCUUUGUUGAACUCAGUCACCGCAAUUCCGGCCAUUGUUCUGUUCACCUUAGUCUAUCGGUUUUGCCGCCACAGGAAAAAGCCUUUGUUGUGUUGUAUGGCCGUUGCAAUGCUGGUUUUGUUGAUUAGCUCCGUCUACACACUGAUUGCACGACCCAUCACGGACACAGUGCUCACUGUUUGCUCCAAUAUCGCUCUGAUUCUGAUCAACGCCGCAUUGACUAUGUGUUUUGUCUAUGUCCCCGAACUGUUCCCAUCCGAACUGCGAACUAAUGGGGCCGGAUUGGUCAUGGGGAUUUCUCGUGUUGGUGGAAUUAUUUGCUCGUUUGUGAACGAAUUAGAUCGUCUGGUCGCUCACGGUGUUCCGCUUGCGGUGUACGCCGCGGUCCUCUUGUUGGUGGUCAUUGCUCUGUGCUUGCUAGAUGAUACGACUGGCGAGAAUUUGCCCGAUGUGAGUUCGAAUCAGGCCGAAUUAUACAGAAAAUGUCUGUCAGUCGAAGCGGAUCAACAACAAUCCGAGAGGACUGCACAAUCACUUUGUUCACGACUGUAA